GCAGAGUACAAUAGACUAACCUAGCUAUCAAUUGUCCAUGGAAUAAACUUUGAGCACCAUCACGAGGUACAUGGAUAAAGAAUCUCCCCCCCCUUCCCCUCCCUUCAUCUCCUUCCUCCCUCUCCCCCUCCAUUCUCAUGGCCAACCACACUCCCCCACAGUUCUCUCCACCCCCACCAACACAUGAAUGGACUGAGCUCACAGCUCACUCCAUCUAUUACUCCAAACCACCCGCCGCAUUCCGCCGCCUCCUCUCUCCCCUGCACCCUUCCCCACCCGGCCCCAGCGGCGCCGGCAAAGCAACUCUCCUCGACAUUCUCGCCACCCGCACCUCACCCACCUCCGGCCACCUCCUCCUCAACUCCUCCCCUGUUCACAUCCCCACCUUCCGCCGCCUCUCCGCCUACCUCCCCCAACACGACCACCUCCUCCCUUUCCUCACUGUCUCCGAAACCUUCCACUUAUCCUCCCGUCUCCUCCUCCCCCUCUCCUCUGCCUCCUCCACCGCCUCCUCCCUCCUCAACGACCUACGUCUCUCCCACAUCUCCCACUCCCUUCUCUCCUCUUCCCUCUCCGGCGGCGAACUCCGCCGCAUCUCCCUUGGCCUCAGCCUCCUCCGCAACCCCUCCAUCCUCAUUCUCGAUGAACCCACCUCCGGACUCGACAGCGCUUCCGCUCUCCUCGCCAUUCGAUCCCUCCGCCACGCCGCCACCACUCACCGCCGCCCAGCCGUCAUUCUCUCCAUCCACCAACCCUCCUCCCAACUUCUCUCCUCCUUCGACUCCUUCCUCCUCCUCUCCCGCGGCACCGUUCUACACCACGGCGACCUCACCUCCCUCUCUUCCUUCCUCUCCUCCUCCGGUUUCCCUCUUCCCAACCACCUUACCCCUCUCGAACUCGCCCUCGAAGUCCUCCCCCUCCUCCCCACUCCUCCCUCACCUCCUCCCCAACAACCCAGCCGCCCGCCCACCGCCGGCAAACUAAUCACCGUCCAUUACCCAAGCCCCCGAUCCCGCGAAAUCGCCGUCCUCCAUCUCCGUUUCUGGAAAGCAAUCUACCGCUCAAAACAGCUUCUUUUAACCAAUACACUCGAAGCUCUCCUCGUCGGCUUCUUCCUCGGCACCAUUUAUAUAGGCGUUAGCUACGACGAACAGGGGAUGCAGAAAAGGCUCGGCUUCUUCGCCUUCACACUAACAUUUCUCCUCUCCACCACCACCGAAACCCUCCCCAUCUUCGUCUCAGAACGAUCGAUUCUCCUUCGCGAGGCCUCAGCGGGCGUCUACCGUCUCUCCUCACACCUCAUAGCGACCACCCUCGUCUUCCUCCCUUACCUCUUCGCUAUAUCACUUCUCUACGCCUGCAGCGUCUACUUUCUGGUCGGACUCUGCGCCAAGUUGACAGCUUUCGUUUCGUUCGUGUUCAUAGUGUGGGCGGUGGUGCUGGCGGCCAACUCGUUCGUGCUGUUUGUGAGUGCAGUGGCGCCGGAUUACAUUGCCGGAACGUCGGUGGUUACGGUGGCGCUCGCCGGAUUCUUUCUGUUUUCCGGCUACUUUUUGAGGAAGGAGAGAAUGCCGGAGUACUGGGUUUUCAUGCAUUAUAUGAGUCCGUAUAGGUAUGCGCUGGACGCCAUGCUGGAGAAUGAGUAUGGGUGUGAGGCGGAGAGGUGUUUUGAGUGGGAAGGGGAGGUGGGGGGAAGAAAGGGGAGAGAGUGCAGGGUGAAGGGAAGGGAUGUGUUGGUGGAGAGGGGGUUGAGGGAGGGGGGAAAGUGGGUCGGGUUGCAGGUGCUUUUCGGGUUUUUCGUGUUUUAUCGGUUCCUCUAUUUGCUGGUGCUCCUCAGGCGCUCAGUCAGCUGCAGGAGAUAGGCGCUGCUGUAAUUAAUUACCUGUUGGGGCUGAUAUGUUUCUAUAGUAGGAUCGCUUGGGACCGUAAGAAACACUGGCUCGAUCGUCCAACCGACGAACCUGUUACGGUUUGCGAGGACAGCACGGUUAUGGGUGAGGCUUGAUCCAAAGGCUAUGAUGUUAACAAAGGAUAAGGAGUAAAUAAGUAGAUGUCUAAAAUCUAAAUUCUUAACAUUCAUUCCCACUGGGCAAGUCCCAACUCUUAUGCUUCAUGCUUCCCUGCAAGUGAGACUUCCCGUUCGUCGCCAUCCCGGCCAUUCGCCAUCAAUUCGCCAACACCUCGUCUCUUCUGGUUUUUUCGUUGUUGACAAGGAGCUGUGUAAUGUAAAUUCAGAAGCAGCCAUGGACAGGAUUGAUGGUCGUGUACAUUGGUUGGAAUCGUUGGUAUUGUGCUCAUGGUCAGAUUGUUUGUGG